AUGAUGGCUACUGAGAUGGCAGUGAGCUAUGCCGCUCAUCACCCAAAUAUGACGGCAGUAAACUUCGGUCAUCACGGUUACCCUCGUCACCAUCAUCACCACCACCAACAACACCAUCAACACCACCAUCAAAUGAGCGGUUACGAUUACUACACUCCUCAGCGAAGUUACCAAGAUCAAGUCCUCAGCAGACACGGCGAAGUACAAGACGAUUACGACGAGGAAGACGACGAUGUAGAAGACGAUGAUGUUGAAGAUAGUGACAACGAGUCACUCUACACUUCCGCUGACAUGGACUCAGAAUUGGCGAGCGAGGAUCUGUCGGACCCCGAGCCCAACGUUGCCGAGCAGCUUCUCGAGUUCGCCGAGGCUGUCAAUCGGGACAUCCAGAAGUACUUUGGCCGCAAGAAGGGUUCACAUGAACCCGAAUCGCUAGGGACGGUGUACGAGGAUCGCUUUGCAUCAGGGAAGUCUGGGAGGGAGCUGUACUACGCGGACUUACUGAGGGUGGCGCAGAGCGGCGAUGCGGCUGAGCCCUCCUCGUCCGGUCGGGGUCGGAGAGGAGUCAAUUCGUCUUCAUCUCCUCGUAAUAUGUCAACCUCCUCAGCUGACAACAUCGAUCCCGUCAAUGGUUGUACUAAAGGGCUUGGACCUUUGAAAGAGUUAUUUGACUUUGCUCUUGGGGGCUGUGUUGAUGAAACACGCAUCGAACAUCACCAUCAGGGCACCAGCGAUGAGCAUCGAUGGGUACAUCGCCACCAAGAGCCCACCGGAAAAUCCCUGAGCGCCCUACCGUGGAGAAAACGCUCCCUCCCCACCAGCUUCUUCGUGGAGCCCGGGGCAAAGGGACUGUCGUCGUCGUCACGCAAAUGCGUAAGCAGUAGUGUUAGUUUUGGAUCGCACGUUGCCAUGGUUACCGAGCAAGAUACACCGGACUUUAGCGAUCUUGUCGCAAAUUUUACGUCAGAGUACGACACACAUAUUGCGGGUACAGUCGUCAGCCACUAG